AUGGCAGGCAGGCGGCUCAUUGAUGCCGCAAAGCUCUUCAAUGCCUCCAAAUCCAUCGCCCAGCAACACAUCAAGCUCCGCUCGCAGCAGCUCGACGUCUACAGCAAGACGUCCACCCUCGCAAAGGCUGCCAAGAGCCAGACAGACCGUAUAACGCUUACGGUUGAAGCCGCCCGCGCCCUUUCGAAGCGAUUGAACGAAGACCUUCCCCAGUAUGCGCAAGCCGCUGCCCAACGAGCGACCGACACUCAAAAUGCCGAUCAUCCGAUCAAAGAGACGGCGAGGGAAGAGAGGCCACGGGAGGAUACCAAAGGAGGAUUGAAACAAGAUCAUCACUACGAUCAGUCGCGCCAGAACACAAAAGCCGAGCCGCCGGCUGAGGAGGAGCUGGACGUGCAGCAAGAGAAGGCUAAACGCAGGCCGCUGCCAGACGGAACGAUACCGUCCGCUGGGUUGGCAUUAGAGGGUGAUUCGAAGGGCCAGGAUACAUUUUCGGAGAGACCGGCAUCGGAGCCGCCGAAGCAGCCGUUGGCCGAGACACAGCAGGGUGAGGGUCAGAAAAAAGAGGAGGGCUUGAAGCCUGUGGAGUCCAAGGCUUCAACGAUACCGAUGCCUGGUCAGCCAGCGGGGACCUUUAAAGCGUGGAGAUUCCAGCCCGAGCCGCAAGUCAUUCCUUCUCAUACAAACGAACCGCACCGACCCGACGUACCUCCGCAAGUACAGAAGCUCCAAGAAGGACACGACAGGGAUGUCUUCUAUACGAGAUCGGUUGAGUCGAAGCCACCGCCGCCAUCAGCGCCUCGGGAGCAGAUACCAAGGAUUAGCGAGGACGCGCAGGAGAGUGACGAUCACGUCCCAGAUCAGCAGUUGAAUCCGGAUGUGUACUAUGCUGCCCCUGAGCCAGGUCAGGAGCAAAUUCAGAAAGAGGAACUUCCACAUCAAGUCGCUGUUCCUGAGCAGGAUGCGCUACCCGAGGGCAUGAAUACAGACGUCUUCCGGACAAAGCGUGUAGCGAAAAUGCUCAUGGGAAAUCCGUACAAGCAGAAAGACCACCUCGAAUUGAAGGGUGCCGCGGGGACACCAUAUGAUCAUACCAGAACCGCAGCGGGCCAUGAUCAAGAUACGUUCAACGUCCGCCGAGGUGAGCAGACCAAGCCUUCUGCACCUGAGCCGGCCGUCCAAGAAGCUCAAUCCGCCACCACCGAGAAGGAGAUGCACGACUUUGCGUCUCAAUUAGCGAAGGGUGCCGACAGUGCACCUUCGUCAGUGUCUGAGAUGCCCGGAGAAAUGAGCACCGAAACACCCAAAGUACCUUAUGCACUACGCGAAUCGAGAGUACCAUCUUCACGCUUCGGGAGAUUAUGGCAAUAUGCCGGCUUAGGUACCAGCAUGGCGCUUGGAGCCGUGGGUGAGAGCCUUCGACGGGUGACUGGAAGUGCAGCAGCAACGGGAGGUUCACUGAUGCUCAGUCCUGGUAACAUGGAGGUCCUUGUAGCGAAGCUGUCGCGCAUGCGAGGCGCUGCUCUGAAGCUCGGCCAAAUUAUAAGCUUUCAGGAUAUCAAGAUGCUGCCUCCGGCGAUACAUGAAGUUCUGCAACGGGUACAGGAUAGCGCGGAUUACAUGCCCGCUUCUCAGCGCAACAAAGUCCUUACGAGCAAUCUCGGGCCCGAUUGGCGGGAGUUGUUCGAUUCGUUUGAAGACAUCCCGAUCGCAGCAGCAUCCAUCGGACAAGUGCACAAGGCCAUUCUUCGGUCCACAAAACAGCCCGUAGCUGUCAAAGUCCAAUAUCCUGGUGUCGCAAAUUCGAUCGACUCUGACUUGAACAACCUGUCCGUCCUACUUACGGCAUCGCGCCUAUUACCAAAGGGUCUCUUUCUCGACAAGACGAUCGCAAACGCUCGUAUUGAACUCGGCUGGGAAUGCGACUACAUUCGGGAAGCGGAAUGCCAGACGCGCUUCCGAGAUCUUCUCGCCGACGAAACAGACGUCUUCACCGUACCGAAAGUCAUUCCUGAAGCCAGCGGCCGCGAAGUCCUCACAGCAGAACUCGUCACGGGAAUCGGCGUCGCAAAGCUACCAUCGCUAAGCCAAAACCAGCGCGACUGGAUAGGCACCCAGCUCUUGCGCCUUUCUUUGCGGGAGAUCGUUGAGUUCAAGUUCAUGCAGACAGACCCGAACUGGACAAACUUCCUCUACAACGAAGAAGGGAAAAGAAUCGAGUUGCUAGACUUCGGCGCGUCCCGCGACUACCCAGACGAGUUCGUAGACCCGUACAUCAACAUUCUCAUCGCAGCCUCCAAAAACAACAAAUCCACCAUCCGCGAGCUCUCCAUCCAACUCGGCUACCUCACAGGGGCAGAAUCACAAACCAUGCUCGACGCGCACAUUGAUUCUGUCCUUACCCUCGCCGAACCCUUCAAAGAGUCCGGUCCUGAGAUCUACGAUUUCAGAGACCAAACGAUUACAGAUCGUGUGCGUAGUUUGAUACCGGUUAUGGUGCGGGAGAGACUGGCGCCACCGCCCGAAGAGACCUAUAGUCUGCACCGCAAGCUGAGCGGGGCGUUUUUGCUAUGUGCAAGAUUGGGGAGUAGGGUGCCGUGUAAAGAAUUGUUUGAACGAGCCGUUCAAGUGUAUAACAAAGGCGGCAAGAUGGCUUGA